GGAAGAAUCGCAAGACGCGGAAGCCGAGUAUGUCAAACUGUCGCGAAGAGGUCUUGAACGAGCGGUUCGUGAUAAAAUACAGUGCCGUGGAAAGAGUUAGUUCAGCCUGGUAGGAAAUUGAAUUUCCAAUUUGUACAACGAGAACGGAAUCCGUGGGAACAAAGGAAUUUCUUGUUAACUAUGGACUGAAGAAAUUCAGGAACGUGAUAUAGCCGACAUUGCUCAACAUUGUCAAUCUAGAAGAUUACAACAACAAGGAUUUAGCAUUGAGAAUUGUUUAAGUACGCCAAUGAGACGAUUUGGAAUAUACUUACUCAUGGCUUUACUAUGCCUCGUGGUUGUCUAUUUGUUUAUCAGUCUCGUAAUACUGAUAUCAGGCAUAAAAAAAGACGUGGGAAGUAAAUCAAUUACAGCAAUUAAGUUACCAGUAACGGAUUCAGUUACGUUAGCACCGGAUGAUAAAUCAAACUUUACGUCACCUAUAGCAGCAGUAUUGACUCCACUUGAAUAUAAUAUACGCAUUUUCCCUCUUCUGGUACAAGACGAGACCGGAAGCUUUAAUGCAAAGUGUGAAACAGAAAUUACUGUAAAGUCAAAUCGUAACACUUUGCGAAUUCCCGUUAACAUCAGAAAUAUUCAUAUCCAAGAUGCAUUUGUUCUUGAUUUUUAUACGAGAAAGCCACUGGAGAUAAAAACUGUCUAUUGGGAUAAACAAAAUGAUAUUUAUUUAAUUCAUAUGGAGCAGCCACUGAAUGCCAGUCAUAUGUAUAUCCUGCGGUAUAUAUACAGCCUGAAAAUUAAUAAAGGUGGAAUUGGAUUGUAUUGGGAAUCUUACGUGGAAAGUUUGAACAGGACAAGGUAUUCCAUCAUUUCUAAUUUAUCACCCAAUUACGCGCGCACUGUCUUCCCUUGUUACGACGAACCAGGAUUCAAAACUCCAUUUCGAGUAACUAUCGGUCGAAAUAACACUACGAGAACCCACUCGAACUCGAAAAUAAAAAUAACCAAAGACAUGAAGGGUAUGCCUGGCUUCGUAUGGGAUACGUAUACUAAAACAGUUCCUAUGUCCACUUAUUUGCUUGCUAUAAUGGUUACCGAUUUUGAUAAUUACACCGUCACUGAAGAAAACCGCUUUGGCCACACGAUCUAUGGACGCAGUAGUAUUUUACCCUAUACAAAAUACACGUCGACGAUGGUAACUAAAUUGGUACCAAUUAUAGAGGAUUUGACAGGGUUUCAUUACGAGCUCGAACAGUUGGACUUAAUGGUGGUAUCAGACUUAAAAUAUGCGGCUAUGGAAACUUGGGGCCUAAUAACUUUCCACGAAAGUAGCUGUGUUGUGAUCCAAGACUUAACUAGUCAAUCCUCCUUAAAACACUACGCUACAAUUGCAGCCCACGAAGUGGCUCUUCAAUGGUUUGGUAAUUUGGUAACACCACUUAGCUGGUCCUACGUAUGGUUAAAAGAAGGAUUUUCAAUGUUCUUUGCAUAUAUAUCAAUGAACCUUGUCGAACCUUCUUGGGAUAUUGAUGAAUUAUUUCUCAAAGAUUCUACGGAAGCAUUGACAGCUGAUGCACUGGAUAAUACAUAUGCCUUAUUGACUCCUCUUAAAAAUACUAGUGGUCCCAUUGAUAUAUUUCACCAUAUUUUAUACAUCAAAAGCAAUAGCAUAGUCAAUAUGAUGUACAAUUUUGUGGGAAAGGAUAUUUUUAUGGAUUGCAUAAGAAAUUACAUACGUGCUUAUGCAUAUGGAUCAGCUGAGCAGGAACAUCUUUGGAAAAUUUUUGAUAAUGUGCUGUCACAGCAACAAGUAUUUCCUGAUCAUCUCUCCAUGACUGAAAUCAUGCACUCUUGGACGUAUCAACAUGGCUUUCCAAUUUUGCAGAUCAAUAGAAAUGUGCACACUGGUACAAUUCACUUGAUUCAGGAUAGAUUUCAUCAUGAUGGUCCAAGAGAAGAAAGUAGGGAAAUGUGGCAUAUUCCAAUAAGUUGGGCAACUCAAUUAAAUCCUCAAUUUAAUGAAACUAAACCAAAAUUAUGGUUCAGUACUAAGCAAAUGAUGAUCAACGAGACAUCGUUAAGAAGUGCUGUACUGAGUGAUCAUUGGAUCUUCUUUAAUCUGAAACAGACUGGAUUUUACCGUGUAAAUUAUGACAAUGGCAAUUGGCAAUUGUUAUUCAAUGAUUACAAAAAUUUUCCACCAGUGAUAAGGGCUCAAAUAAUUAGUGACAUUUUCGCUAUGGCUUCAGGAGGUUUUUUGGAUUAUAAUAUAGCUUUUCAUGGUGCUAGUAAAUUACAAAGUGAAAUUUCAUUAAUAGUAUGGGAUAUUGCCAUUACUGCACUCAAACCUAUUCAAGUACAUUUCUAUAAUACGUCAGGAUUCCAGCAACUCAUGAAUAUACUUGUCGACAAUGUUUUUCGUUAUGUUGUAAAUUAUACGAUUACCAAUUCGCAUGAUGAAAUAUUAAAUUAUGCUUGUAUGGUGGGUAACGUAGAAUGCUCGAGAAAAGCUCUGAAUUAUUUACGACAACGUACAAGUGGAAAAUUAGAAUUAGGAGUUCCUAAGCAUUUAACAUAUUGGGUAUAUUGCGCAGGGAUACGUAGCGGUACUGAUACAGAUUGGUAUAAACUGAUGGAUCUUUAUGAAAAUAACACAUUAGACAAAGAUCCAAUGACGCAUGGAUUAGGAUGUUAUAAAAAAUCAAGUUUUUUGGAAAAGUACUUGGAUAGGUUAACAAUAGAUGGACGUGUUACUCGAGAAUUAUUUUUAGCGUUGUUAUCCGUUGCGGCAAAUCCGUAUGGAGCCAGAGUGGCCUUAAAUUAUUGUGAACACCAUUGGAACCUCAUUGAAGACUACGGUAACGAAUCCAAUACGAAUUUGAUCGGUUUAAUCACCUCAUUAUCAAAUUCUUUGAAUACCAAGGAGGACUUGGAAGUGUUAAAGUCGUUGAAUGUAACAAAAGCUGAUGAAGUCAAAGCGCUGAAGAACGCCAUAACCAAAGUGCACAAUAACAUAAUGUGGGGUCAUAGAUAUAAAGCAGCCGUGGGAAUAGCGAUUAAUUCGAUCCUCCAUCACACGCAUUUGUCUUCAUAAUCAUUGUAAAAGAAAUAGUGACGAAAACAGUAGAUCAAUCAAAUAAUACAGACCAGAACUAAAAUCUAAGCACAACUCAAAAUGUCAGCAUUAUUAGAAACGGCAAAAGGAAAUAAAAUCAAAUUAAAGAUUCAGAAAACACAUAUGAAAAAGUCAUCUUUUAAAUAUCUCGUAGUCAAUUUCUGUGACUAAAUAGUUUAAAAACGACUCCUGUACAUUAUAUGUUAUCUGCAACUUAUUCACGUGUGAAACGUGCCAAAUUAAUAUAUUUCUAGCGACUAAUUAUACUAUACUAUACUGAGACCAUACAAUAUUGCGCCAUAACACUAAUUCUUAAAUACCAGAAAUUCAUAAGGAAGACGUCAAAGGCAGGCUGCAUACGAGCGAACACAAAAAAUUGAAAUGACCAUUGAAGAAUGAGAAUGCGAGAGCCUGGAAUGGUGGUUUGCGACAAAAAGGGUAACAAAGGAAGUAAAAAAAAGAAGUAAAGGAAAAAUGUAUAAAAAGUGAGCAAAGCGAAAGAAAAAAGAACGCACGCACACGUCUCAUGUAUGGUACAUUGUGUAUAUUGUGUCUGAAGUUAGCCCGAGUCACAUAAGCGAGACCCCUCGUUGUUAGCCAGCACCUUCGUGUAGUGAAGCGAAGAGGACUCGUAUAGCGAGCGUGAGUUUCGUGUGGUCAGGAAUGUUGCUAAGUAAGGGAUUGAUUUACGAGCAGUUAUCAUACCGCCAAACCAAAGCCCUAAUAGAUUCAGGUCAACGCCACCACUAUUCUUCGAAGUCGUUUAUAAUAAGUCCGAGGGGCCCUUUCUUAAACUCUACCAACCCCGAUACUUGGAGAUUUUAUAACCUUGAGAGAAAAAAAAAAGAGCAGAAAAAGGAAAGAACUAUUUACCAUUAUAUUAUUCCUCGAGACCAUCUUCUUUAUCCCGUAUACCUUCACGUAUAAAUUUAUUCAAACGAAAAUCAGCAGACUUCGUCUGUCAGUAUAUCAAGUAUUGUAUGUCAAGUGCAAUAAAAUAACGCGUAUAACGAUUGAGUGUACUUUGUUCACGUAAUAAAUUCUUUCUCGAUUA